UAUACUUGAAAUUCAUUUUGUGCUUCACCAUUUUUUGGUAUAAUCUUGAAAUAUUCAAGAUUUAUCUACUUUCAUUCAUCAGCUGUUCAUUUGUCAUUUUUGUCAAACAUUUAUUGCAUUUGUCUAGAGUGAAACUUGGAUAAUGUGGCAUUGUGUGUUUAAAACAAUCAACAACGCCAAGUACAAGUAACCUUUUUGUGAAAUACGGUUGCACAAAGUAUUUGAUUAUGCUAAUUGUCCAAUUCUUAUAUUGGAGAAAAUGUUUAAAAUCCCCCAAAAUAAAAACUCGUAGAAGCGCAUCUAAUGUGUGACAAAUGUGAUGUCAGUCUCUUCAUGCACGUACAGUACAUACAUAAAUGCUGAUACACUCGAAACUGGUGAAAAGUAGCUCAGACUAUAAGGACACUCAGAUUCCUAUUCUCCGUGUCUAAGCAGCUGAACAGGAUAGAUAUUUAUAGAAAAGGAAAAAAAAGGAAGCGAAGAAAAUAGGCACACUCUUUAGUUUGUGUACCUGUUCAAUCUGUCGUCUUUCUCUGUCUGAGACUCAGCUUCACCUCCUGCGUCCAUUAAAGCUUGUUUUUUCGAUAGGCACACAUAAGUGUGUAGCCAAUGCGUGGCAAAUAGGCAGGAUAAUCCGAGAUACAGUGGUACCUCUACAUACGAAGUUAAUUCGUUCCAAACCUUGUUUGUAAGUUAAAAUGGUCAUAUGUUGAGCAGGAUUUUCCCAUUGGAAAAUACAUUCUCAUUCCAUGAAUUUGUUCCACAGCCUGAAAACCGACACUAAACCCUUAAUAAAUACUGCUGGUACUAUUUCAAAUGGCAAUUAUCCAUAGCAAAAGAAAUAAAUUAUAAAUAAAAAUCGGAAUAAUAAUAAUUCCUGUAAUAUUGUAACGAAUCAGACUAUAAUGUGGCGAACGUGUUUUGCGUGCUAUACCUGAACCCACCGCGUGGUUGACAUGACAGAGGGAGAAUAGUGCGGUAGAGAUUUUACUAUCUCUUUUAAUGUUUUGUUGUCUACUGUCCUGCAGCGGACAGUAGGCGUGUUGUGUUGCACAAGUUCUGAAAUAAAUGAUAAAAAGCCAGACGAAGCUGGCAAUUUUUUUGGUGUUGUUACCACAGUAAUAACUGUCACUUUAACUUAUAAAGAAUGGCGAAUGGAGGUCGGAGGACGACCGCCGAGAUUGUAGAGGUUCUUUGGUCGUUAUUGUUGAGCCAAUUCACGGAUGCACACACCACGCUCAUAUUUUUCUAUGAUUUCCAUCUUCAUUUCAAUGGUAAGCAUCACCUUUUUCCUUUUUUCACCUCCUGCACUAACCUUCUUGGAACUCGUGUUGAUUUCUCUCACAAGAAAAUCUGCCCUCCGUCCUUCUUGCGGCAAAAUGAAGAAACUGCGGCGCUGUCAUAAAUCAGCGUAUUUCGAGCAUGCCAUCAGAUGUAGAAACAAAUGGCGAGUCAAAUUUUACGUCGGAUGUCGAAAAGAUCGUGUGUCUAGCGAUAGUAUGUCAAGGUACCACUGUCACUUGCAUUUGAUUGGCUAAAAUGGUACUUAGAGCAGGGCGGUAAACCGAAAAUUUACCGUCACCGAAAUUCUUAACGAUGACCGACGUAAUUUUGACCAUGUCGGUAAAUUCGGUAAAUUAAUAAAACAAGAAAAUAUAGUCUUUUCAUCCCGCUUUGAUUCUGUGUUGUUCGUCUAUGUUCAUUCCCCUUUAAGAAAGCAGUGAAUGUGCUUACGUAGGGAGUCACGUGAUCAUCAGGAAGCCAAUAGAACAAAAGCCCGGUAAGCUAACGCUAGCAGCUAACGCUACAAGCAAAACGUGAUGGAGUGUGGCUUAAGGGAGGUUCACCAAACUUUCAACCGACAUUUAGUAGACUCUUGGUGGCAUCCAGACGGGCUUUCACCCGCUGUCCUCCUUUGUUCUCACGAUUUCCGGAGAUGGUGCUUUCAGUGCUUUCUACUGGUAGCCAGGCUAACGCUAGCUAGCGGCUAACGCUACAAAUGAACGUUAUGGAGUCGGAUAGAGGCUCUAACCUUGUCGAAACGGCUGAACUUAAUGAGUGGAUUGGGCACGGACUGCAUCUAGCAAUUACUAUGUGGCGUUAUUUUGUAUCUGUCUGUGUGUGAUUCCUCUGAUAGCUUUUGUGAUGGUAAAGAAUUCCGCAUAAAGUACAAUCCAACGGCCAAACUUAUAAUGACCGAGAAAUGGCCCCAGCUAUUUUUAUUGUGCGUGCAUUUAUUAAAAAAUGCACUGGGGGGAAAAAAAACCUUAAACCAUAAAGUAAACACUUGUAUUUAAUAAUUAUAUCACAGCAGCCAUUAACAAUAAGUUGUCUUUUUGAAGUGUACUGUUCAAGCUGCAAGUCAUUUGUGUUACAAUUACAUGUUUGCACAGGCAUAUUGAUUUUGACAAUGUAUAUUGUUCAAGUCAUACACGCUGUUAUAAAUGUUCAUACUUGAAUUCUUAUUGCUUACAAUACAUUUUUAUAAACUUAAUGUUUAGACUGCAUGUACAAUUGUUAAAUACAGUAUAUCAAAUUGAAUGCUGGUAAAUAAAUCAACAAGAAAUAGUUAAUCUGUAUUUCAUGCAUUGAUUCAGAUUUUCAAAUUAUAUAACAGUCCGCUUGGGCGAAUUUAUCGUCAUUUAUCGUUAUCGAGAUAAUUCUGCUCAAUUUAUCGUGAUACAUGUUUAAGGCCAUAUCGCCCAGCCCUAAUGGUACUAGCAUUUAAGAAUGUUUGACAAAGGCUAUCUCUAACUAGAUCACUCAAUGCUGUUUUGUCACAAGACCAGCUGUGUCUUAUCUUACAUCGAUCAUUAUGUUAAAUAAUGCUCACACCUAAGAAUAAUUUAUGGUUUUGAUCAUGGAAAUGCAAGUGUGUCAUUCCUUUCUCGCAACGCUCAAGAGUUUUUGAACAGUCCCGAUUAUAGCAGAGUGUCCCAUGGAGUGCAUUUCCCAGCACGCACUAUGUCCCCCACCGAGCAGAAACUCCACACGGUUUUUCUAUUUUGUACAUACAGAGUUUUGUAUAUACUGUAUAUGAUGAGCUCGCUGGGCAGCGAAAAGGCCCGGGGCCCUCGUGAAAAAGUGCUGCCUGCUGCCACUCACACGUCUCAACCACAGAAACAGAUACAGGCUACUGCUGAGCAAAUUCGGCUUGCCCAGAUGAUCUAUGACAAGAAUGAUGCUGACUUUGAAGACAAAGUUAACCAGCUGAUGGAGGUUACUGGAAAAAACCAGGACGAGUGUAUGGUCGCGCUUCAUGACUGCAACGAGGACGUGAGCAGAGCCAUCAACUUCCUCUUGGAAAGCACCUCUGAUAUGACCUCAUGGGAGACAGUGGGGAAGAAGAAGCCACUGAUUAAGGAAGGUCCUUCAGAAAGCAAGGAGAACAAGGAGAACCGUGAGAAAAAGGGCGAGAAGGAGGGUGGCAAGGGCCGUGCGGCAUCUAAUCGCAAGGGCAAAGGAGGCAAUCGAAACCGACAGGGUGCAGCUCGUCCAGUGGAAAAUGGUGUGGAGGUGACACCAGUGGAAAGAGGCUCCGAUCGCGGGAAGAGGGCAAAAGGUGGUCGAGGGUCUGGUGGUCGAGGCAGAGGUAAAGGACCAGCAGCAAGCAGGUUCUCAGCUCAGGGCAUGGGAACCUUCAAUCCUGCAGACUAUACCUCAGAGGCGGGGACAGGGACCACACAGAGUGAGGCUUGGGACACAGCGGCUAACAACAAUACAGAUGAGAUGGCUAACUGGAGACACCCGAUUGAAGACUAUGGACCUGAGGACUGGAGUGAGGAUGUUAGUCUCUCUGAGACCAAAGUGUUCACUUCCUCAUGCGCACCUCCUGCUGAGAAUCAUGUCACAUCUGGCCAAAGUCUGGACCUAGCCUCUCUGCUGCAAAAACCGGUAGUCGGUGGAAGAGAAGCACCGUCCUCCUCCUCCACGCAGAGUCUGGUCUUCACCAACUCUCACCACCACCAGCUACCACAGCAGCAACAUCAGCCUCCUCCGAGCCGCAGCACCACCAGUGGCACCAGCUAUGCUCAUGCUGCUCUGUCGUCAGUUCUCGGAGCAGGUUUUGGAGACCUGGGCCAAGCCAAAAGGCCUCCACCCAGUGCGGGGGCUCAGAUAUUGGAGCAGCUCAAGGGUCCUGGCUUGGGUCCUCUGCCAUCGUCCCAGGUGGCACAUCCUGCCAACACCCAAGGAGGCAACCCUUCAAUUGGCCGACUGCCAAGCCUUGGAGCAUCUGUACCUCCACCUUCUUCCUCCAGUUGGGACAUGAAGGUGCCAGAAUCUAACACAGCCACACUGUCCUCACAGUUCAGCCGUGAGUUCGGCCUCCAGCCUGAACCUUCACUUGUGCUGAGCCAGCUCAUUCAGAGGCACACUGGCCCCUCAUUGCCAUUGGCACGUCAGCCCAGUCCACCAUCUCAACAAGCGGCUCCUGCGUCCGUCUCUUCUGCUCCCCAGCACAGCAGCACGUCAGCGCAGACAGGCCCAGGAAUGGCGGCUGCUGGUUCGAAACAUCCGGCCCCCGGAGCUGUGUUGGAAGCUCAGGGCUGCGGGACACCACAGCAGCAGCGGGCACAACUAAAAGGUCAAAAACGAAGGAUACCUCCGACUUCCAAGAUCCCCUCCACAGCUGUAGAAAUGCCAGGCUCCACUGAUGUCCCUGGUCUAAACCUUCAGUUUGGAGCACUAGACUUUGGCUCUGAGUCCGCUUUGCCAGAGUUUGGAGUUGUGGACAGUGCUGUCAGUGCGGCAUCCAGGGAAUCCACUCCAGCGCCAGGCCCUGUAGCGCCUGCAUCAGGACCAGGGACGCAGAGUCAGACAAGCUUGUACUCCAAACCACUCAGUGAAUCGCUGGGCAGUCCUCUCUCCGUCGACCUCCCUCUUCCCCUCUCCUCAUCUGAGCCAGUUUAUCACUCGUCUUCAGUGGCACUACCUAGUCUCACGCCCUCUACAUUAGGGCCCGCCAGUUCCAGCACCCCUCCCUCUUCAUCACUGACCACAUCUACCAUCUCGUCCUGCUCCGUACCCCCCUUCUCCUCAGUAGGAGGAAGUUAUGAUGGGUCCUUGCCCCCUCAGGCUCGACUGGCCUUCUCGCAGAGUAAAGAUGUCUCUGGCCCAGUUAUGAAUGGUCUGAAUGGAGUAAGGACCUCUGCAGCUUUAGACACAUCCUCCACACCAAAGCCUGACUCUCCAUCUCUUAACGCCAACACCACCUGCGCUCCCGCACCCUCCUCUCACUUAGCCCCCUCCACGUUGCCUGCACAAAGCUCCACCACGCUUUCCAGCUUGGCACAAGACCUUCCCUCAGCCAGCCAACUCAAUGCUCUAAACAGCCAUGUCAACAGUCAUUCCUCAGCACUUGGUUCCAAUUCUUUAACUUACACAAGCGUCGACAGCAGCAGCGUGAGCUCUCUCGCUCCCUCCUCCGCCUCCUACACAUCGUCGCAACCGCCUCCUUCAGCGCUUCACUCAGCCCACAAUAGCAGCAACAGUAGCAGCAGCAGCAUGAGCCACUUGGCUAGCAUGUCCAGCAUGGGCAACAACAUGAGCAGCAGCGUCGGCGCUAUCGUGGGCACGAGCGGACUUCACUCUGCUGCCACCAGCACAGCGCUGGGACUUGGCUCCAAUGGAGCUACCGGCACGUCCAACCUCUCUGGACCAAGGACCACACCCCUGCUUUCUUCCUCCACUGGUACACACUUUGGAAAAGCCCCACCUAAUCUGUCUCAAGGAGUUCCUCCUCUGCUGCCGAGCCAGUAUAUCAUGGGUCCCGGUGGACUGCUGCCAGCAUACCCACAGAUCUAUGGAUAUGAGGAUCUCCAUAUGCUUCAGUCCAGACUACCAAUGCCCUCCCUGCAGGAUUACUAUGGAAUCACAUUCCCUGGCCCUACUGCAACUCUGUCCAGCAGAGAAGGGAGCCUCGCCAACAACCCAUACUCAGGUGAAGUCACAAAGUUUGGAAGGAAUGACUCCACCUCUCCAGCACCACCCACAAGCCUGGCAGCCCAGCAGCAGGCCCCCCAGGGUCAGAACCAAGGCCCAAGCCAGAGCCAGCCUCAGCCUCCUCAAGCCCAGCCUCAGCCGCAGGCCCAGCCACAGCACCACAGCAGUCAGCAGGCCUUCCUGCCUCCAGGCUACAGCUACACGGGGCUGCCUUACUAUGCCGGCGUGCCGGGCGCCGUACCGAGUGCUGCCGCGUUCCAGUAUGGCCCCACCAUGUUUGUCCCUCCGGGAGGUCCGGGGGGACCGGCCUCAGCCAAGCAGCACAGCAUGGGUCUCAGCCUGGGCAACCCGUCUGCCAGCCCUUUCCAGCAGCAGACGCAACAGCAGCCCAGUGGUUAUGGCCAGCACACCUUCAGCUCAGGGUAUGAGGAGCUGACAGCAGGACCAGCUGGAGUGGACUACAGUAAAGGCUACAAUUCCUCCUCUCAGGCACAAGCCAAAUCUGCUGCUAGCGGGCCUGGCAAAGGUGUUUCAGUGACAUCCAGUAACUCUGGUGUGCCAGACAUCAGCGGAAGUGUUUACAAUAAGACCCAGUCUUUUGAUAAGCAGGGUUUCCAUGCAGGGACCCCCCCACCCUUCAACCUGCCAUCUGCGUUGGGGGGUCCGGGACCCUUGAAUCCAGGAGCGGCGCCUGGAGGUUAUGCACCGGCGCCCUUCCUUCACAUCCUGCCUCACCAGCAACCACACUCGCAGCUGUUGCACCACCAUCUUGCUCAGGAUGGACAGGGUGGUCCAGGUCAGCGCGGCCAGUCAAGCAGCCUGCAGCAGAAGAGCCAAGUCAAUAAGUCGAGCUACGGCAGCUCCCCCUACUGGGCCAACUGAAGUCGCUACGCUGCGUGUAUGUGCAUGUGAGUGUGUACGCGAGUGACAUUUGCGUGCGAGUGCGUGUGUGUCUAUGUGUGUGAGCGUGCAUGCAGCACACUCAUGCGUCUGACUGAUACAAUAAUGGAGGGACAAACCAUUCUACAACACAAGCUAAAACACACUACCACCACCUCUCCUUUGCUCUGUAUAUCCCCUUUUCAAAUUUAUGUCUGUUGUAUGUAAAAUAUAUUUAUGUAUGUAUUUAUACAGUAUAUAUGUAUUGGUAGAACAUAAAAUGUGGUUUUCUGCAUUUUGUUUUUAUUUUGAAGGGCAUUUUAUUUAAACAAAAAAAAAAAAAGAUGAGAAUGCUAAAUCAUGAAGUUGGUGAAUAUACUUGAACACAAGCAUCAUGUGAUGUGGAUUCCUUUUUGUAUGCAUACAUGAACUGAGAACGAUGUAUAUAGAUUCUAAGCAUCAUUUCCAUGGCUAAGGCCAUUUAUUUUUUAGAAGAAAUAUGUUUUUGUAAUUUUGGUCUCCUGCAUCUGUGAAUCCUUAUUUGAAGUGUGACUUGAGUUGAUAGCUUGAGAUUUUUUUUCUGCAGUUUUCCCUCCAUCCGUUUGUCAUUCCUCAACUCUUAAUAGUUGGCUGAUCACAAGCCAGGCCUUGAUGUCAUUUUAACAUUUGUUUAAUCCUUGUCCAAAUUAAAUUGUAAACUGUUUGUGUGAGUCUGGUCUCUGGUUUAUCCAGCUUUGUUCACAAGGGCUGUUAUGAACACAAAAGUUUAUGAUUUAU